AAUAUGUGCAUAGUGAGGAUAAGUUAGUUAUCAAUCUGCAUAAUAUUUCUCUUUUGUUUGUGUUCAUACAGGGAAAGGUCAGGAGAUUUUCUAAUCAGGAUGAAAUCCUGUACGAUCUAUUUUUUAUGUGUGUUUCUCCUUUUCACACUAUUCACUCAGGAGGCCUUGGGUUGGAAUUGCAAGGGGCAUAUGGCGGUUGCUGAGAUCGCGCGUCGUCAUCUUAGCGAGGAGAAUCAGCAAAAAGUGAAUAAAAUCGCCUUGAGUUUCUCCGAAAGUGGCCCUUUUCUGGAAUCGGUCGAUUUUGUGCAGGCCGCCUGCUGGCCAGACGACCUUAAAUCAUGGCAUAUGUUCGCGAUGAAAUCGUGGCAUUACAUCGAUCUGCCCUAUUCCCCCGAUAACACGUCCGUUAAUAAUUGUGAUGUGCAGCAUAUGAACGUGAUCUCGGCCAUCCAAUCGAUGAUAGCCGCCCUUCGCGUGAAGAAAAGCCCUGCCUAUGUUCUUAACUUUGCUUUGGUGAAUCUUGUGCACUUUAUUGGGGAUAUUCAUCAGCCUUUGCACACUACGACAAGAUACGCAAAGAACCACCCUCAUGGCGAUGCCGGCGGGAACACGUUCUUUAUCUUUUCGGAUGGCUUAAAACUGAGUCUUCAUAAAUUAUGGGAUGAUAUUUGCAUUCCGCACUACAAACCUUUAAAGCGCCCGCUUUCAAACAAGGACUACGCCGAUCUAAAGGUGUAUGUAGAUUAUCUGGAACAUAUUUACACAUUCGAUUCAGCGCUACUGGAAGAAGUUAAUAUUGAAACUUUUGCGAUGGAAAGUCAUGCGUUUGGGAUUAACACAACGUAUGUUGGAAUCAAUGAAGGCGAGGAGCUCUCUGGUAAGUAUUUAGUGUCCUGUCAGAUAGUGGCGGAGGCUCGUUUGACCCUGGCUGGAUAUCGUCUUGCAAACAUAUUGAAUACGCUACUCGACAACAUCGAUUUGAGUCAAUAUUCUAAGAAGAAAUAUCAUAAACCCGGUACGAAUUUGAUCAUUAAUGAAAAGAAACACCAAAAAUCCAUCAAGAAGCCGGAAUCAAAUAAAAGGAAGGUUAAGAACUGGAACUUUGGGAAGUUUUUUUUUCCACAGAUUCUUCAAUAA